AUGCCCCGAAUCAGAGUACCUGGCCUGUCAAGAUCCUUUACCACUUGCAUUACUGGUAUUGGAAACCCUGAACCCCAAUAUGCUUGUACUCGCCAUAAUGCGGGUCUAUUCAUGUUGGACCUGCUAAAGGAAGAAUUAUCCCACUCAUCGCGCUCCCAACCGUAUUUGCCAUGUAGUACUACGAAGAAAGUUAAAAAAUGCCAGUGGGGCGAUAAUCUUCUACUGAGAGCCGAUGGAGACUAUAUCAAUCUGAGUGGGAAGACGGUUGUGCCGCUGUGGAACAGACUAGGCCCGGAUUUCACACAUAUAGUGGUUCACGAUGAGCUGAGUCUGCCAGUGGGAAAAGUUCAGCUCCGCAAGCCUGGUACCAGCGUUCGAGGUCAUAACGGCUUGAAGGACAUUGCAAAGCGGUUUGGUGGAGGAUUUUACAGACUAGCAGUAGGUAUUGGCAGACCAGCUGAAAGAGAUUCGGAGAGCGUGGCCCAAUAUGUACUCGCCAAAUUUACAAAGGAGGAACGAAGCAUUAUUGAGAGUCAGGGUCUUGCAAGAGCCAUAGACCAUUUGCGGAGGCUUACCUGUUGA